CACGUCGAGUUCAUGAGCAGUAUUUAUCACCAAAGAGACAUCACAACCAACAAUCUUAUUGAUCGCAAGCAAACGCCAAAUUGAAACACUCUUUCUCUUCUUCGCUUCUUCAAUUCGAAUCCAAAACACAUCGAUUUUUGGAUCGAAAAAGAUGGGUUCGACGAGGGUACCCAAGUUGGGGUCCUUCAGACACAGCUUCGCGGAGAAGAAGGAGAGGCUGCUUUCGAUGAAGUCACAGAUUGGGAUCGCUCUGCCGGAGUCGGACGAGGAGCAGUUCUCGCCGGCGAGAAGACGGUGCUGCUCCUACCGUGCUUUUUCUGACGGGAUGGUGAGCGGGUGGAGGAGCGUGAAGCGCGUGGCGGGGAGAGCGUGGGAGAUGGGACGGUCUGAUCCCCGGAAGAUCGUGUUCUCAGCGAAAAUGGGAGUGGCUCUCAUUCUCAUUUCCCUUUUGAUUUUCCUCAAAAAACCCUUUCCCGAUGUUAGUCGAUACUCCGUUUGGGCCAUUCUCACUGUCGUCGUUGUCUUUGAAUUCAGCAUAGGGGCAACUCUUAGCAAAGGGCUUAACAGAGGAUUGGGGACUUUGUUAGCUGGAGGACUUGCUAUGGGAAUUGGAGCUUUGUCAAAGUUGGCUGGAAAAUGGGAAGAACUCAUAGUAAUGAUUAGCAUCUUCACUGCAGGAUUUUGUGCCACAUAUGCAAAACAGUACCCAACAAUGAAGGCUUAUGAAUAUGGUUUCCGUGUGUUCUUGAUCACCUAUUGCUACAUUAUUGUAUCUGGGUAUCGAACAGGAGAAUUUGUUGAUACAGCUAUAAAUAGAUUUUUGCUCAUUGCACUUGGUGCUGCUGUAUCUCUAGGGGUAAAUGUAUGUAUUUAUCCAAUCUGGGCUGGUGAGGAUCUACAUGAUCUGGUGGCCAAAAAUUUCAUGGGAGUUGCAACAUCAUUGGAAGGUUGUUGCUCACAGUGUUAUUUCCUUGGUGGAAUAACGUUGUUAAGCUUCUUUUCAGGUGUUGUUAACAACUAUCUUAAUUGUAUUGAAUAUGAGAGAGUGCCUUCAAAGAUUCUUACAUACCAAGCUGCUGAGGAUGUGGUUUACAAGGGAUACAGAUCAGCUGUAGAAUCUACAAGCACAGAGGAUACAUUGAUGGGUUUUGCUGUAUGGGAGCCACCUCAUGGUCGUUACAAAAUGCUUAGAUAUCCAUGGCAAAAUUAUGUGAAAGUAAGUGGGGCACUAAGGCAUUGUGCAUUUAUGGUCAUGGCUAUGCAUGGAUGUAUACUUUCUGAAAUACAGGCUCCAGCUGAGAAGAGACAAGUUUUUCGUAAUGAGCUACAAAAGGUAGGUUCUGAAGGGGCGAAAGUACUCCGGGAACUUGGUAACAAAGUUAAGAACAUGGAGAAACUAGGCCAGGAAGACAUUCUUUACGAAGUACAUGAUGCAGCAGAAGAAUUGCAACAGAAAAUUGACAAAAAAUCUUUCCUGCUUGUAAAUUCAGAGAGCUGGGAAAUUGGAAACCGGCCAAGAGGGGAGGGUGAUUCUCAUGACCUCUUAAACAUCGAUGAAGAAAGACAUUUCUUGGAGUACAAGUCUCUUAGCGAAGCCGUGCUUGAUCUCAGAACUGUCAAGGUUCCAAGAAGUUGGGAAGAACAAGCUUCACCUGACCCUAAACCUGCAAUGCCUGCAACUGUUGGUGAUGAAAACAUGUUCAGGAAACAAAUAUCUUGGCCUGCUCAUAUUUCCUUUAAAGCUGAUGCAGUGACAAAAGAGGAAGAAUCCAAGACUUAUGAAAGUGCUAGUUCACUGUCUCUAGCAACAUUUACAUCCCUACUGAUUGAGUUUGUGGCAAGGCUCCAGAACCUUGUGGAUUCUUUUGAAGAAUUAGGUGAGAAAGCAAAAUUUAAGGACCCUCUUCAGCAAGCGCCAGCAAGUUCUGGUGGGUAUUGUAACGGCUUGUUUAAUUGUUUGAUACUCAAAGAUUGAGAAUAUAGCAACAUGUGAUGUAUCAUGGAUAGAUCUAAAUUCAAUGCCAAUAUACCAAAAUCAAUGUGUGCAUGUCUGAUUCUCUCUG